ACCAGCUUGUCAGAGAGCAUAAAAGUAGUCGUUCGCUUUGUUUUGAUAAUGCCGGUACGCGUUGGUCUCGUUGCUGUUGUGUUUUGGCGUGGCGUGGCGUUGUCGGCUUUGUUUUGAGCAUUCGACUGUGCGUUCAACUAUAAACUCGUUUAUCAGUUAUAAUAAUCGCACAGCUACAUACACUCCACGUUGCAUUUACAUAUAAAAGUAAUAACUAAGUGAACGGCUGAAUAUAGAAAUAGAAACAAGUGAUUAAGAAUACUAAGCCGAAUUGAACUGAAAGUGGUGCAUCAAUUAUGGUAGACCCCACCACGGUGCUGCUCGUCUUCGUCACGCUGCUGACGGGCGUGUUCGUAUGGUCGCGACGUACAUAUGUUUACUGGCAGCGCAGACGCGUCAAAUUCGUGCAGCCCGUACAUCUGCUGGGCAACCUAAAGGAAGUGCUUUGGCUGCAAACUUCAUUCCCUUUGCUGCUGCGCGAUUACUACUUCGAUCCACAAUUCAAAGAUGAGCCAGUGGUGGGUAUUUAUUUGUUCCACCAGCCAGCGCUACUAAUACGCGACCUCAAUCUGGUGCGCACCAUAUUGGUGGAGGAUUUUGUCAGUUUCUCAAUGCGCUUCUCGAAAUGUGACAAGCGUCUGGACAAGCUGGCCGCAAAUAGUUUGUUCUUCGUGCGUAAUCCGAAAUGGCGUGAGAUACGGACGCGGCUGUCGCCUGCCUUCACCAGCGGUAAGAUCAACCAGAUGUUUGCACUAAUGGAGGAGGUGGGCUGUGAUCUGGAAGCUUAUUUGCAGCGUCUCACCGCAAACGGUGGCCAGCGACGCAGCGUCGUGGUGAAUGUCAAGGAGAUUUGCGAUAUGUACAACACAGAUCUUAUCGCUAGCAUUGCAUUCGGCUUGCGCUCGUACAGUUUGCGCAACAAACAAACCGAACUGGGUAGCCAUUGUCGAGAGAUGUACACGUUGACGUUUAGACGCGUCUUCGAUUUGUGUGUGAUAUUUUUCUUGCCAAAAUUCAUAACGCUAUUGCGCCGCAAUCUGCUCACACCGGCACAUGCCGACUUUCUGCGUCGCACAGUGUUGCAGGUGAUCCAGGAGCGCGAGCGCAUCGGUAUACUACGCAAUGAUCUCAUAGAAAUGUUGCUUACGCUGAAAAUGGAGGCGGCACUUAAUCAGGACCGCUCGCAUUUCACGCAUCAAGAGGACUAUCUGGUGGCGCAAGCGGCCACAUUUGAGCUCAUGGGCAUCGAAAGUUGUGCAGCCACAAUGAGUUUCGCGCUAUACGAGCUGGCCAAGCAGCCUUUGCUGCAGGCACGUCUGCGCGCUGAAAUACGCCAGACGAUAGGCGGUGCGCAAUCCAACGAUAUUACUUACGAUAAGGUGAAAGACAUGAAGUACCUAGCAAUGGUGGUGGAUGAGACGUUGCGCAAGUAUCCCAAUGUGCCGGUGUUAGAGCGCGAAUGCACGCCGAUCAAUAAGAAACGCUUCUAUCCUUUACGCCCGUACGCUGAGUGCUUUGCUCGCCGUGGCAUGCCCGUCUACAUAUCCAAUUUGGCCAUACACCAUGACCCAAAGUAUUGGCCGGAGCCGGAGCACUUCGAUCCCGAGCGUUUUUCGCCGAAAAAUCGCCACCUGCACACGCCCAUGUCCUAUUUGCCAUUUGGCGCGGGUCCGCACAGCUGCAUUGGCAUGACUAUAGCACAGGUGCAGAUCAAACUUGGCCUUAUAUAUUUUCUGCACACGCAUCGUGUGGAGAUUUGCGAAAAGACUGUCGACAAUAUCGAAUUCGAUCGAAAAUUUUUACUAUUGUCAAAUAAAAGCGACAUCUAUCUGAGUGUCGAAAAGUGUUUGUGAUGAUGGAGUAAGAAAGAAGCACAAUACCUGUAUGUAUGUAUGUGUGAAUGCCUCUGCCAUAUCGUAAAGUAGCUUGAUUGCUGAGCUUAGAUAUCGCCACGAGGCGGUGAGUUAUCAGUGACCGAUAAGAUAUACUACGAGCACUUGGAAUAUGCUGAACUCAAGAACAGCUACCCGAAAAUAGAUUUACGAUAUUGCAUGGCGAGUCAUGUGACCAAAGCAAAGCUCACUUGGAGCAACAGCAGGUUUUCCUACGAUUUAUUGUUGUUUCCUUUACAAGCAAAUCUACAAAAUUUUACUUAAUUCUCCAUGUUUGUUUUUAUUGAUUUUUUUGUAUCAGUACUCGUAUGUAUGUAUUUGUAAAUGUAUUUUAUACCAAGAAAUAUUGUUAAUAUAGCGUUUUUAUGAAUGAGUAAAUCUCAAGGAAAUUGUUUA